AUGACGCGAUGUAAUUGUUUCGUCGGGGCAAGUUUCGCUUUUCCCGAUUUCAGCGACGCAACUGGGCUUCUCUUGCAGGGCGUUGCUAACCAAAGUGGAGCUCAGAUUCGUCUUACUCCAGCAGCACCGUAUCUCGCAGGCUCUGUCUGGCAUGGCGUAAAACAAACAGUUAUAGGUGGCUUCAGCACAGAAUUCAGUUUCCGUGUCGGCCCAGACAACAAUGAAGAGUCUCAUGGGCCUUGUAAAUGGGUGGACCAGUCUCGAGGCACGUGUGCAAGACGCGGUGGCGAUGGCUUUGCUUUUGUUGUACAAAACUAUGGUCCUCGGGCACUCGGUUUAGGUGGGGGUAAUCUUGGUUACGGUGGAAUUUCAAAUGCAUUCGCAGUUGAGUUUGAUACAUGGUUUGAUGCUGAGCUCAAGGACCCAUAUGAAAAUCAUCUCGCAAUUCUCACCCGAGGUACCGGCGAGCUCCGAGCAGAGCACAAUAAUCAGUUGGGCAUCUGCCUGGACGUACCAGAUCUUGCAGACGGCGAAGGCCACAGCGUACGCCUGCAAUAUGACCCACUGUUUCAAACCGACAUCGCCACACAUCCAUCAUUCCAAGCAGCUCCACAUCUUGUCGACCUGAUAUAUCCCGCUGCUGUGCAUUUUCAUCAUGGCCUUGGGACACUUCGCGUCUAUAUUGAUGACUCAUCCGACCCUGCUUUAUCCGUGCCGAUGAGUUUUUCAGCCUUCUUGCAACUCGACGGUGGCACGGCGUGGGUUGGGUUCACCGCAAGCACCGGCCGUAGCUACCAAAACCACGAGAUCACAUCCUGGUCAUUUUCGGAACAUAAAUCAGAGCAUAGCGCGACAAAUAGCAACGGAGGCUUUCAGGCUUCAAAUUCGAAAUGA